AUGGCGGCGGCCGCAGCCGGGCUUGUGGCGGCCGUGGCCGUGGCGCUGGGCGGGAUGCUGAUGGCACCCGGCCUUACGCAGCCGCACGGGGAGGGCCUGCCGGAGGAGAUUGAGCCCGAACCCCGGUCCCGAGAGGGGAUAGCGGCGGAGCGGCGUCCCCCGGGGCGGAUGGACCAGGCCCUGCUGCUCGUCCUCAACGAGCUGCCAGAGCAGGGCCUGCGCCUCGCCACCCUUUCCGGCUCCUGCCACCAGUGCUUAUAUCAGUUCCUGGCUUUUGUCCCGCCAAGCAACGGGAGCCUGCGAGCACCGGGCACGGUGUUGGUGGUGGUUGAUACCCAGCAUCCGCUCACCCUGCAGCUCAACGGCUCUGGGGGUGACACAGAGCUCUGCAAGCUUCAGUAUCAUUUUGGGGAGUUUGGCAAUUAUUCCCUUGUGGUAAAGACCCUAAGUACAAGCACCAAAACUGUUUCUUGUGACCUAGUCAUCAAUGAACGCCCUAUCAACAGCUACCUCCCUAUUCUUUUUGCUUUCCUGGUUUACAUGGGACUCUUUGCUGUCCUGAUUGUCAGCCACCUUUCUAUGAAAAUUAAUCCAGUCAGAAACUGGGUUUACAAGACACUGAACCCCAGGGAAACUGAUCGUCUGAUUAAUUCUGAGCUGGGCUCCCCGAACGCAGCGGACUCCGCUAGCAGCGAUCCCAGCCGGCCUGUGUGGAGCGCGGCCCCGCGCCAGCGCCUGCGCUCCCUGGACACCUUCCGAGGGCUCUCUCUUGUAAUUAUGGUGUUUGUUAACUAUGGAGGAGGAAAAUACUGGUUCUUCAAACAUGAGAGCUGGAAUGGAUUAACAGUGGCAGAUCUGGUGUUUCCAUGGUUUGUAUUCAUCAUGGGGACAUCAAUAUCAUUGUCACUGAGCUCCAUGCUGAGGUGGGGAAGGUCCAAGCAGAAAGUGCUUGGGAAGAUCGUCUGGAGGAGUUUUCUGCUAAUCCUGCUGGGAAUCAUAGUUGUGAAUCCCAAUUACUGCCUGGGACCAUUGUCCUGGGAUAAUCUGCGGAUUCCUGGGGUGCUCCAGAGGCUGGGAUUCACAUACCUGGUGGUUGCUGCUCUUGAACUCCUGUUUACAAAACCUGGGGCUGAGAGUGGGACCUUGGAGACACCUUGUCCUGCUCUGCAGGAUAUUCUUCCCUAUUGGCCUCAGUGGAUUUGCAUUCUGACCUUAGAAGUGAUAUGGCUCUGCCUGACCUUUCUGCUACCCGUGCCAGGUUGUCCCAGGGGCUAUCUUGGUCCUGGGGGCAUUGGAGACUUUGGAAACUACCCCAACUGCACUGGGGGAGCAGCUGGUUACAUUGAUCGUUUGCUCCUUGGGGAAAAGCACAUAUACCAGCAUCCCUCUGCAAGUGUGAUUUACCAAACAACGAUGCCAUAUGAUCCUGAAGGGAUCCUGGGAACCAUAAAUAGCAUUUUUAUGGCAUUUCUGGGACUGCAGGCAGGAAAAAUUCUCUUGUUCUACAGAGACCAGCACAAACAAAUUCUGUGUCGCUUUGUCAUAUGGAGCAUAGUGAUGGGAAUGAUUUCUGCUAUCUUGACAAAAUGUUCUAAAGAAGAAGGUUUUGUUCCCAUAAACAAGAACUUAUGGUCAAUAUCCUAUGUGACAACCACCAGCUGUUUUGCCUUCAUCCUCUUAUCACUGAUGUAUUACCUUGUGGAUGUCAAGAGGCUGUGGUCAGGAGCUCCAUUUUUCUAUCCAGGAAUGAACUCAAUCCUGGUCUACAUCGGACACGAAGUGUUUGAAAACUAUUUCCCUUUUAAGUGGAAGAUGCAAGACACUCAAUCCCACGCAGAGCAUCUGACUCAAAACCUCACUGCAACAACUCUCUGGGUCAUAAUAUCAUACUUACUUUACAGGAGAAGGAUAUUCUGGAAGAUCUAAGAGAGACAGGCAGGAUGUAGAGGGCCUAGAUGCUGAUGGGGAAAGUUCAUUAGGUGGAUUAGCCUGGAAUAUUGCCCC